AUUAUAGGGGAUUAUUUUUACACACUGUAAAAAAAGUAUUUUUACUUUUCUGAAUAGUAUGUUUCGUACAUUCUAGUUUGUCAUUAUAUAGUUUAAGUCUCUCCAUGUUUCUCACUUUCCAGUUUGAAUUUUUCCGCCGUCGCCGUUUGCAAAGAGAAACACCGCAACUCUUCUUCCACACCGCAACCCUUCCUCUUAACUUUCACUUCAACACAACAUAUUUAACAUUGCGAGAACGACCGCUGCAACACAGUUUUAUCACCGCCACGAGAUCCACCAUCGCAACCUAACUUAUUUACCGCCCCGAGAGUCACCACUGCGACACAGCUUAUUUACCGUUGUGAGAACCACCGUUGCAACACAACCUAUUUAUUACUGCGAGAGCCACUCCACUCGUAGUCAAAUUCUCAAUAAUCCAAUUUUAAUCGGAAAUAGAGAAAGAACAACAAUACCAUUUUCGAAUAGUUAUAGGUGGUAUGGAGGGACUAAAAGAUGUGUCAACGGAAGUGGUUGAUGAAACAGGUGAGACUACUGUUGAUGAUAUUAGUGCUGAGGAUGGAGAAACCAUUGAAAAUAUUAUAAAUAUUGAUAGUAUGGAGGAUAUUCUUAGUAUGGACUUGAAAAGACUAAGUCCCCACGAGACAAGAAAAAUUCAAUUUUCAAGUUUGGACAUGGCUUAUGCGUUCUACAACCAGUAUGCUAAAAUGAACGGGUUUGCAGUUCGCAAGAGUAAGAUCCUUCGAAGCAAGAAAGGAGAAACAUUACAGCGGACAUUUGUUUGUCACAGGCAGGGGUUUAGGGAGGAUAGAGGUUUAACAAUAGAAAAUCGCAAGCGUGAGCGUAAACCUGAUACUCGGUGUGGAUGUGAAGCAAAAUUUCGAGUGCAUAUAGACAUGUUCUCACAAUGUUGGUGGAUAACAGUUUUUAACGAUCGGCACAACCAUGAUCUUUUACAUGAAGAGUACCAUGGAAUGCUAGCUUCACAUAGAAAAAUGGAAGAUUCAGAUAUAAUGCAGAUGAACGACAUGUUGAAGGUUGGUAUAAGACCGUCUCAAUUCUAUGGUUCGUGUGCCAACCAAUCAGGAGGGUAUGAAAAAAUAGGGUUUCGUAGGAAAGAUAUAUAUAAUCAGAUAGGAAAGCAACGCCUUUUGCAACGAUGUGAUGGUAAAAAUGCUUUGCACUAUCUUCAUGGACUGGCAUCUGAUGACCCGAUGAUGUUUUAUCGCCACACUGUUGAUGGAGAAGGUAGGCUUGAACACCUUUUUUGGUGCGAUGGUAUAAGCCAAAUGAAUUUCAAAGUUUUUGGCGAUGUGUUGGCAUUUGAUGCAACAUAUGGGACGAACAAAUACCAUUGCCCUUUAGUGGUGUUUUCCGGAGUUAAUAACCAUAAUCAUAAUAUUAUAUUUGGUGGUGCCAUUGUUGCAAAUGAAAAAGAAGAAACGUAUGUGUGGGUUCUUGAACAAUUUUUGGAAGCAAUGUCAGGUAAGUCGCCUAUAUCUGUCAUUACUGAUGGUGAUCUUGCAAUGAAGAAAGCUAUAAAAAGGGUGUUUCCGAAUGCUUAUCAUAGGUUGUGUGCUUGGCAUCUAAUUCGCAAUGCAAUGUCUAACAUUGGAGUUCCUGAAUUUGUUGGUCAGUUUAGGAAAUGCAUGUUGGGUGACUAUGACUUGGGUGAGUUUCGGCGCAAGUGGGCUGACAUGAUUGACACAUUUGGGUUGCAUGACAACAAGUGGGUUACUGAACUGUAUGCAAAGAGAAAUAUGUGGGCUACAGCGCAUAUACGUGGCAAAUUUUUUGCCGGGUUCAGAACUACCUCCCGGUGUGAGGGGUUACAUUCAGAAAUGGGAAAGUUUCUUCACUCACGAUAUAAUUUGACUAAUUUUUUAUUACAUUUUCAUCGGUGCCUUAAUUACAUGCGUUAUAAGGAGGUUGAAGAUGAUCUUGCAUCAAAUUACGGAGAUCGUGUGCUACAAACGAGAUUCCAAAGCUUGGAGCGUUGCGCUGGCAAGUUAUUUACUAAGGAAAUAUUCUUUAUGUUUCGUGAUAUUCUUGCAAAGUCUGCAGAGAUGGUUGUGGCAACAUGCAAUCAAACUUAUACAUGCUUUAUAUACACAGUUCGCAAGUACCAAGCGUCAAAAAGGGAGUGGAACGUAUCAUUCUAUCCUGAUGAUGACGUGUUUAAAUGUUCUUGCAAGAAGAUGGAAUCAUUUGGCCUCCCGUGUGAGCAUAUUAUUGCACUAUUGAUAUUUUUAGAUGUCGCAGAAUUACCAAAGUCUCUGGUGGCAGAUCGGUGGACAAAGAACGCGAAGGAAGAGAUAUGUAGAACAAAUAAGCAUCUUCCAAAAUAUUGGGAUUCACACAAGUCGUCGAGAUAUUCUGCUCUUAUGUUUCGAUAUAUGCGUUUGAGCAAAUUAGUAAGUGAGAAUGGUGAUGAUUUCGAUGAUCAUAUGAAACAGGCUGCUGCUGAUAUCCAAAAAAUGGAAGCAAAAAGGGGCUUACAUGAUGAUGGACCCACAAAUUCAAGUGAACUUGUCCAGGAGACACUGAAGGAUCCUGCUCUAGCUAGAACUAAAGGAUGCGCUGGCGAUUCUUCAUCACGUCAGAAAAAAAGGAAGCGGACUCAGUGUUCUAUUUGCGGAAAAUUUGGCCAUAACAAGCAAACAUGUUCAUUUCCUCGACAUAAUGCUAACACGAAAAAUUCGUCACUCGGAGAUUUUCACAACAUUGAAUUCAGUGAUGACUCUUUGCAUAACGAUCUUGAUUGAAUUGUAAAAGCGCAUCUAUAAGUGUGAAAACGGAUGCACCUGGAAUGUUAAAAUUGGUCAUGCAAGAUGAUUCAAGAAAUUCGUAGAAUUCUUUCACUGGCUAUUGGAUCUCAAUUCAUUUCUUUUCUGUUUGUUUUUAUUAAAAUAUUUUGUUGCAUGGAUGAUGUAUUUGUUCCCCACUUGAUGAUAGUUACGUAUUUCAGUUGUGCCUUUUCUAUCUGAUAGCAUUUGAUCUGUUAGUUUGGUUAUACAUGCAUUUGUAGUGUGGACUACUCAUGUACUUAAUAAAUUAAAUUUUAUUUUAUUAAA